AUACAGUUCUGUGUGGUCGCAGCACAUAAGCAAACCCAUUCUUGUGCCGUUUCUCGGAAAAGCUUUUCAGUAAAUGCACUCAUGCUGCCCCAGGAGCUCUUCUCUGCAACAAGCCGCCCAUCUGCCAUCAACAAGUUCAGACCGGGAGAACUAACGGCUGCGGAAGAUAGAGACUGACGCUUUGAUUAACCAGCCGAGCAGUUAGGAGGAGAAAAUUAAUAACUUACAUUCAAAACUGAUUUAGGGGACCAGACCCAUCGCAGAAAAUGAAACCAAUUAUUUCCAGAGGAAUAUCCUAAGGAAAAAGAUCAGCUCAUCCUGGAUUUAAUUUUACUCAGAAAGCCUAGGACACAGAAACAGGAAACUGGUGAAAGGCUCCUGCAUGUUAGAGCCUUUUACAGACUCACUGCGUUGAGUCUUAACAACCGCGACUGAAUGCAGCCUCCAAUGUGCUCAGAAGAAUGGGCUUACAUUUCAAGUGGCCAUUAGGGGCCCCUAUGCUGGCAGCAAUAUAUGCAAUGAGUAUGGUUUUAAAAAUGCUGCCUGCCCUGGGUAUGGCGUGUCCACCCAAAUGCCGCUGCGAGAAGCUGCUCUUCUACUGCGACUCUCAGGGCUUCCACUCAGUGCCAAACGCCACUGACAAGGGCUCUCUAGGCCUGUCCCUGAGGCACAAUCACAUCACAGAGCUUGAAAGAGAUCAAUUUGCCAGCUUCAGUCAACUUACCUGGCUCCACUUAGAUCACAAUCAAAUUUCAACAAUAAAAGAAGAUGCUUUUCAAGGACUCUAUAAACUUAAGGAAUUAAUCUUAAGUUCCAACAAAAUAUUUUACUUGCCAAACACAACUUUUACCCAACUAAUUAACCUGCAAAAUUUAGACCUGUCUUUUAAUCAGCUGUCAUCUCUGCACCCAGAGCUCUUCUAUGGCCUUCGGAAGUUGCAGACCUUGCAUUUACGUUCCAACUCCCUGCGGACUAUCCCAGUACGCCUGUUCUGGGACUGUCGUAGUCUGGAAUUUCUGGAUUUGAGCACAAACCGUUUGCGAAGUUUGGCUCGCAAUGGAUUUGCAGGAUUAAUCAAACUGAGAGAGCUUCACCUAGAGCACAACCAGCUGACGAAGAUUAAUUUUGCUCAUUUUCUACGGCUAAGCAGUCUGCACACGCUCUUCUUACAAUGGAACAAAAUUAGCAACUUGACAUGUGGGAUGGAGUGGACCUGGGGCACUUUAGAAAAGCUAGACCUGACUGGAAAUGAAAUCAAAGCAAUCGACUUGACAGUGUUUGAAACGAUGCCGAAUCUUAAAAUACUCCUCAUGGAUAACAACAAGUUAAACAGCCUUGAUUCCAAGAUCUUAAACUCCCUGAGAUCCCUCACAACCGUUGGCCUCUCUGGCAAUCUAUGGGAAUGCAGCCCCCGAAUAUGUGCUCUGGCCUCUUGGCUGGGCAGUUUCCAAGGUCGGUGGGAGCAUUCAAUCCUAUGCCACAGCCCUGACCACACCCAAGGAGAGGAUAUUCUAGAUGCAGUCCAUGGAUUUCAGCUCUGCUGGAAUUUAUCAACCACUGUCACUGCCAUGGCUACAACUUAUAGAGAUCCAACCACUGAAUAUACAAAAAGAAUAAGCUCAUCAAGUUACCAUGUGGGAGACAAAGAAAUCCCAACUACUGCAGGCAUAGCAGUUACUACGGAAGAACACUUUCCUGAACCAGACAAUGCCAUCUUCACUCAGCGGGUAAUUACGGGAACAAUGGCUUUAUUGUUUUCUUUCUUUUUUAUUAUUUUUAUAGUGUUCAUCUCUAGGAAGUGCUGCCCUCCCACUUUAAGAAGAAUUAGGCAGUGCUCAAUGAUUCAGAACCACAGGCAGCUCAGAUCCCAAACACGACUCCAUAUGUCAAACAUGUCAGACCAAGGACCGUAUAAUGAAUAUGAACCCACCCAUGAAGGACCCUUCAUCAUCAUUAAUGGUUAUGGACAGUGCAAGUGUCAGCAGCUGCCAUACAAAGAAUGUGAAGUAUAAUAUCUGCCCAUCAUCAAAAAUCACAUCAGAUAAGUAACCUAUUUUACAUAGUAGGGGCUAAAUACAUUAUCUAAUUUUUACCAAUGGUGACAUUAAGCCUAAUUUUCCAAAUCCAAUGGAGACUUAGUUUUUGAAGUGUUUAAGUAUUUUUAAUUUUUUUAAUGAAAUCAUAUUUUAAAUGUUAAAUGAAGCAAUGCUCACACUGAUUUGCACUGUUGGAAAGUCUAAAAAUGCUUAAUUCAAAAAUAAGACAUUUCAUGUAUGUGAUUAUAUACUCUCAUGUGUAAACAUUUACACUAAGGUCUCCAUAUGCUGUUUUAUUCUACUGAAACAGUUUUGAAAGAAACUGUUGAGCAAAACGAGAUAUGAAUCAAUACCUGUUUGAUCAUUGCUCUCCAUCCCAUGUACCACAACUGGCUUGCUGCUUAAAAGGAGACUUAAAGUUCUCUUGUAUGAUAAUUUGGUAUUUACUCAAAUCUACAAUCUACUGCCGGUGUGGGAAGUAGAAUUUCAUGUAUGCUGAAGGUUGGUAAAUAUUAAAUACUCUCCUUCCAGAGUUUUUGCCUGGGUUAAUAGACAUUAUCAAAGUCCACAUCAUGAAAUCAAAACCCUUUAUGUAAUUCUAAUAAGCCAAGUGACUCUUGAAUAUAUUUAAACAAUGAAUC